AUGCAUAUUGGCGGAACCUGGUUUGGCCUGCCAUGGGAGAUCCGACAAUCGAUCUUAGUGGUGAUUGCACGUGUAAAACACCCUGGCUGGGCCUCGCUCGCAUCCGUUUGCACAGAAUGGCGGUCGGUGAUUGAGACGGAAAACCUGCGACAGAUCACUCUGGGGAACGACGACAUACAUCAUUUGCCACGAAUGAUCACACAGGAUAGACGAGAUCGUGUGCAACACAUCCGUCUGAACAUAAGCCUCCUCCUCUACGACUGCAGUCUGUGCCAAGAGCACGAAGACCUAAUAGAUGUUGGUCUCAACACGGGUCUCGUAAUCGCUUCUAUUUACAGGGUUCUACGGGUCCUCAGCUCUUGGCCCUCGCGGCCGGCGGGCAAAGGAAUCAAGCUGGAGCUCAACGCGUAUUCCGACAGCGACUACAUGCAUUGGUAUAAGCAUUACUACUACGGAGCCCCUAUGGAAAGGUUGAAAUUUCCCGUUGGAAUCGCCGCCUGCUCCGAUCGUCACCAGCUUCGUGAUACGCCGUUCGUUCCGGCGCUGUAUCAUCCCUUCGACCUACAGCUGGACAUUGACGCUCCCCAAACAAGCAUACGAAGGCUAGUCAUUUUCGAAAACAUCAAUGGUGAGCUAUCCGACGCGUUGAACGAAAUACCCGGCUAUAGCGGCUUUGAAGAGGUAGUGAUGCCCAUCAUCACUGAGGCAUUUGCUUGGUUAAGCGUUGCGUACGAAGUUAUCUGGGUGUGGCUUUUGUUUGACGCCAAGGUCUUUUUCUCGUACUGCUUCGAAGCCUACAACUGGCCGCAAUUACGAUCCCUGUGUCUGACAUCCCCGACCUUGAACUCGGGAUCCCCCGCGGAAGCAGCUGCUCUAAUGCGUGAAGCGGCAAGGAUUGCGAUGAGAAUGCCCGUGCUGGAUACAUUGGUGCUGUGGAAUGGCGAGGAGCAGGGACAGGCGUGUGCUUUCGUGUAUCGGAAGUCGAACGAGGGACCCUCCAUUACUUGGCGAGGCACUUGGGAUAUCGGUCUGUACCUCACUUCCGAGGUUGUCGACGCGUGGAAAGCUGUCGUCUCGCAGACCGGUUGGCAGGAUCUUUCCGUGUGCUUUGAGCGGGUGGAGGAGAGGAUUUGCUACAUGGGAGAUGCCAUCUACUACUUGCGAUUGCCGUGCCAGGUGAUUGAGCCUCAAUCGUUGUGGGAGAUGCGGAGGGAGGAGAGGACGAUUGUUCCUUCGUCGUUGACCGAGGUUGAAUGA